AUGCGCCUCUCUCAAGCCAUUCCGUUCGCAGCGCUCGCGUCCGCAACACCGCUUCUCUACAGACACGACAACGCCAUCAAAUGCCCCAUAAUCUUCGACGGCCGUAUUCCGCACAACCUCACCCUCGCCUCGUUCGACUCUGCGGCUACAUCGCCAUACAGCCCGGACUACGUCAAAGGCGAAAACCUAACCUGGUCUUCCAUUCUCCUCUUGCCCAAUAUCACGGCUCCAUCUCGCUUCGACGACCCUGUGCUCCACAAGUCUUUCGAAGUCACCAUCAACGACCGUUCGCUCUUCCGCUCGGGCCAAGGCCUGCAGCUCGGAUUCCGGCGGGCGGGCCUGCUGCUGAAAGACGAUGUGAAUGACGCCGGCGCUGAUGCUGCCGAUAAGGGUGUAGCGACGUUCCAUUGGAGCGUCAGACAGGAUCGCGCGAGGGCGCUCAAUCUAAGCCACGAGUACAUGAAUGUGUGGCAUGAGAAGGCGGAUUAUAGCGGGAACCAGUUUACCUUCGUGGGGGGCGUGGUGUUGCCGGUAGAUGGCGGGGACGGGUUGGAUACGCGGGAGGAGAGGGAGAGCUGGAAGGUGCAGGAUGCGAAGAAUAGGUUUGUGUUUAGGACACCGAUCUUGGGGGAUGAGUGGCAGAAUUUCGCGGUGAGGUUGGAUUAUGGGGAGAGUACUAUGCAGGUCUUCUACUCCGAAGGCGUGGAGCCGUUGAAGAAUGUAACUGCGACAUUUCCGAACGAUAACUCGGGGGGCGGCCAGCUGCAGCUCGGGAUUGCGAAGAAGCCUACGGAGACCGAAACAGUCGUUUGGGAUGGGUAUCAAGAGCUGAUUCCUGGAGGUGAAGGGCAGAUAUACGGAGGAGUGUUUGUGGAGGAUAGUGCUGCGGGGUGUGUCAGUCUUUGAGUGUGGGCAGCCGUAUGCAAAUUCAUGGUGUUGGUUUACUGGUUCGGGAGAUCUCACACCUCGGACGACGUUAUCUGGGCCUGCCUUCUCGUUCGUUCUGGUGCAUGGAGCUGUCUCUACGCCCCAAUAUUGAGCUGCUUUAGGAGG